UCUUAGCGUUUGAUGCUUGCAAUGCUUGCGGGCCAUAUCAAUAUCAAUUGAUAUCAAUAUGUCGUCAAUGUAGCAAUUUACGUGCCUGCAAGGAAUAGGUCACAUUUAUUUUGGUAAUUUUGUGGAUAUUUGUAUUUGUAUUGUCAUCACUCAUGUCAUUUAAGUGUGAUUUUCACAGGCAGAUGUGAGUGUGAACACAAUUAAGCUCUUUAUGACUGAUAUCUGGUGAAUCUGGUGCAUGCUACUCACUUGCUUCUUCUAGAAGACAAUACACUUGGCCAUACAAGAUUCAUCUGUUGACCCUGCUUCUGCUAGGAGGGGAGAGGCUUUAGGGACAUCAGGUCCCACUAUGGAUCCAUUAAAGGCACUUAAAAGAAUCUAUUCUGCUAGCAUUAAAUUAUUUACACCAAGCAAGUUUAAAAAAAUAAAGUUCCAUUGAAAUUGUGGAUAUCUUUAGUGGUUGUGAGACGGCAGUGUAGACAUGUUGUAGGUGAAUUUACUGACCAGAAGAAAUGGCCAAAGCAAAGAAACCUGUGAAGAGGGCUGCUGGCCAGGCAGAAAAAGUCACCAGCAUUAAAACAAAGGAUGGAAGGCUGAACCCCUUUGAAAUCCAUUUUAAUAAGCAGAAACAUUCUGUCCUUGGCCAGCAUCUCCCUGGAGAAAGGGGAAAACCAGGAAUCUCCAAAGCAAAGGCUCUAAAGAAGCGCAAGCUGACACUUUUGCGUGAGCUGAAGACCAGAACCAAGUCCAAUGAAUUUGUCGACCGCCGUAUCGGAGAGAAGACGAAGGGCAUGUCCGCGGAAGAUCGACUGGCGGCAAGAUUUGCUGCCGAACGGAAAAAGCAAAAUAAGCAGACACUGUUUAACCUGGAGGACAACACCGAGCUGACGCACAUGGGACAGACGCUGAGUGAGAUCGAGAAGUACGAGGACCCGCGCAGCGACGACGAAGGGGACGACGCUCUGGGAGCCGAGUUUGUGAAGUCUGCUCACUUUGGCGGCGGCCUGCUGUCCAAGGGCGGCUCCGAGCCGGCGCAGAGUCGCAAAGAGUGGAUCGACAAGAUGAUCGCCGAGAGCAAGCUGCGCAAGUACGAGGCGAGGAAGGCGCUGGAGGAGACCCUGGAGAUGACUGACCAGCUCGACGGCGGCUUCAUGGAAGUGAUGAAGAUCUUCACCGAGGCCAAGGUUAUACGUCCCACUCGGAGGGAGGAGCGCGAGCGCCAGUCGAGUCCCGUUCCCGCGUCCGGCGAGUCCGCCGCCUCGGCGCCAGCCCCCAGCGAGGACUACGAUCAGCUGGUGCGUCUGCUGACGUUCGAGCCGCGCGUCGGCGCCUCGGACCGCACCAAGACGGACGAGGAGGUGCGCCGAGAGGAGGCCGCCCGGCUGCGGCAGCUGGAGGAGGCCCGCCAGCAGCGCAUGCGCGCCGACACGGAGGAGGGCGGCGCGCGGCCGGCCGUGCACCGCAGCGCCGACGACCUGGACGACGGCUUCGUGCUGGACAGCCGGCCGCAGCAGCGGCUCGAGCUGGUCGGCGACCAGCUGCUGGUGACGUCACAGGCAGCCGACGAGCCGCUCACCAACCGGCAGGCCAAGAAGCGCCAGCAGAAGCUGCAGAAGCAGCGGGAGGCUGCGGAGGAGGCGGAGGGCGAGGAGGGAGAGGCCACCUCCGACCGGCCGCCCUCCGUCAAACUACCUGGCUUCAAGAAGUUCAGCGCGACUCUGCGCGCCAAACUGCCGCUGGAUCAGUCGCGCCACGUCGCUGAUUUGGUGACCUCCUUGGCCCCGAACCUGUCGCCGGCCAAUCGGGCGCAGCUGGUGACGCUGUACGAGAUGCUGCUCCGCUACCUGGGACAGUGCUGCCACCGUUCGGGCGGUUCAGGAAACACUGGUGAGGCCGGCUGCGGCGCGGUGGCGCUGCGCGCGCUGGACGCGCUCGUGCCGGUCGUGUACGAUCUGACUCAGCAGCUGGGCGACGCGGCGCACCGCUGCUGGGUGUUGUGGCUGCGCGACUGUCACGCGGCGUACCGGCGGCGGCGGCGGCGGCUCUUCCCGCGGCUGGAGACGCUGCUGCUGCUGCGCGUCUGCGGCCAGCUGUUCCCGAGCUCGGACCGCCGCCACCCGGUCACCAUGCCGGCCAUGUUACUGCUCUGCCAGCUGCUCACCGAGUGCCCGGUCCGCUGCCGGCGGGAGCUCACCGCCGGCCUCUUCUGCGUCUCGCUGCUGGCUGAGUUCACCAGCCUGUCGGGCCGCCUGGUACCGGAGACGAUCGCCUUCCUGCAGGGAGUGCUGUACUCUGCGGUACCCACCGAGCGACAGCCGGCCCUCGCCGGACACGUGCUGCUGCCGCACCAGCCGCAGGGGCCGAGCGCCGCGCUACUGCACCUCGAGACAAACUGCUCCGAGUCGCCGUGCGACCCGGCUCUCUCGGUGUCCUCUGUGCAGAGUGACGCGCCUCUGACCGACUCGGACCGGCUCUCGUGUCUGCACGUGGCCGCCUCGCUGGCCGGCCAGCUGGCGGAGAGGCACAGCGCGCUGCCGGCCGCCGCCGAGCUGUUCGGGCCGCUCCGGCAACUGAUGGCCGCCGUGGAUGUCAGGAGGUACCCGGCUAUUCUGCGCAACAAGUGGACGGCCUGUCUGAAGACGCUGAGCGCCAUCAGCGCCGAGAAAACCACACUAGAGAAGAACAAAAAGCGCCCCAAGCCGCUCCGGCUCUACGAGCCAGCCAUCGAGGAAAAUUUCGACGGCCGCCGGCGCCGCCCGGGCUCCCACGAGAAGAAGGAGCACGACAAGCUGGUGCACAAGUACAAGCGUCAGAUGCGCUCCACGAUUCGGGAGGUGCGCCGCGACAACGCGUUCGUGGCGCGCCAGAAACUGGCCGACAUAAAGUCCAGAGACGACGAGCGCAAGAGGAAGUUGCAGGCGCUGAUGUCCUCCUUGGCCGAUCAAGAGGGCGACUUCAAGAGAAUGAAGCGACAAAAGUAGGCGCUGCCACUAUGCCAACCAUGCCUGCCUCUGCUCUGCGAUGUUGGAAUGCAAUAUAUGACCGAAUAA